UCAACACGCAUGCAGCCGGCCGGAGCGUGUCCCCCUCAGUCGUCGCGCUGAAAUCGCGUCGCGUUGCGUCGCGUCGUCGUCGUCGUCGCCACGACUCGAAACUUCCGCGACUCCUGCCUUCCUUACCGCGAGCUGCAACUUCCGCCGGCGAGGUCAAUUAAUCGUCGCCACAUGCGCCUGAUACGGUGCCAUCGAAAUUUCGAAAUCUGGUUGUUGUGAGAGCCGCCGAUAAUAUGAAUCUAGAGGAGUAUCGAAAGCAUGGAAAAGAAAUGGUGGACUACAUCGCCGACUACCUGGAGAACAUCCGAUCCCGACGCGUUUAUCCAGCCGUUUCCCCGGGUUACCUGAGGAACAUGCUGCCGUCGUCGGCGCCGGUGAACGGCGAGCCCUGGGAAGACAUUUUCGCCGACAUCGAAAAGUGCAUAAUGCCUGGAGUGACUCACUGGCAAAGUCCGCACAUGCACGCUUACUUUCCCGCUUUAAACUCGCCUGCCAGCCUGCUGGCCGACAUGCUGGCCGACGCGAUCAACUGUCUUGGAUUUACCUGGGCCUCGAGUCCCGCGUGCACGGAACUGGAGACCAUCGUAAUGAACUGGCUGGGCAAAAUGAUCGGCCUGCCAGAGGAAUUCUUGCAUCGUCCAGGAGGAUCCGGCGGCGGUGGCGUGAUACAAACCACCGCGUCGGAAGCCACUCUCGUUUGCUUACUCGCAGCAAGAACCCGAGCCAUUAGAGACGUUCAUGAAAACGAGCCGGCCCGUUUAGCAGCCGAAAUCAAUUCAUGUCUCGUCGCCUACUGCUCCGACCAAGCUCAUUCCAGCGUUGAAAAGGCUGGUCUGAUAGGUUUGGUGCGAAUGAGAUACAUCGAAUCCGACGAUCAACUUAGCAUGAGGGGUGAAACGUUGCUCGAUGCGGUAACACGUGACAGAUCCGAGGGUCUGAUCCCAUUUUUCGUUUGCGCUACUUUGGGCACGACGGGUGCGUGUGCUUUCGACAACCUCAGCGAAGUUGGCCGAGUGUGUGCCGAGAACGGACUCUGGCUGCACGUGGACGCAGCGUAUGCAGGCAGCGCAUUCGUCUGCCCCGAAUUCCGCGGCUGGCUCCAAGGAAUCGAGUACGCCGAUUCGAUAGCAUUUAAUCCUAGCAAAUGGCUGCUGGUGCACUUCGACUGCACCGCGAUGUGGGUGAAAAGCAGCCAGGCGCUGCACAGAACUUUCAACGUGGAUCCGUUGUACCUGAAGCAUGAAAAUUCAGGGCUUGCUAUCGAUUACAUGCACUGGCAAAUCCCGUUGUCGAAGAGGUUUAGAGCCCUGAAACUCUGGUUCGUCAUUAGAAAUUACGGAAUCACCGGCCUUCAGAAACAUAUUCGCGAGGGAGUCAGGCUGGCACAAAAGUUCGAGGCACUGGUUUUAGCGGACACUCGCUUCGAAAUUCCUGCGCCACGGCACCUGGGCUUGGUGGUCUUCCGUCUUCGCGGUGAAAAUACGUUAACGGAGAAGCUGCUGAAGAAAAUGAACACGAGGGGACGUGUGCACUGUGUACCGGCAGCUUUACACGGAAAAUACGUGAUCAGGUUCACCGUCACCUCCACUAACACGACCAACGAGGACAUAUUGAGGGACUGGGCAGAAAUACGCAACACGGCGAACGAAAUAAUCGGGGACACCGCGAAUUCUCCUGUUAGAGCAAGAGUUCCACUCGCAGAAAGCUCAGACACUCGUGAGAAGAACGAAAACUUCGGCUCGAGCUUGCUGUUAGCCAAUUCGCCGAUGUCGCCGAAGAUAGUGAACGGCAGUUUUGCCGCCAUUUACGACACGGCCGACGUUUUCGCGGAAUGCACGAAGGCUUUCGGUCAGUUCCGACUCGAGGCUAGAGACAGUCCAGCUAUGCGGCGACGAAUUAAAGGAAUACUCAUGUCGGGAAAGCAAUUCUCUUUGGACUCGCGUAUGGACCUCGUACAGGGAUACGCCUGCUGUCGCCCGGUCGUCGACAUGUCCUCCGAGCUACCGUUGAAAGAGGACGAGGACGCCUGCGGUGCCAGCGAGACAGGAUCCGACGCGACCGGAUCCAAUAAUGAUGCUUCCGGCGAAAGCUCGGCCGCACUACAGAAUUCGCCGGAGGCGGCGACGCCGGAGAAACGGCUGCGAAAGCAAAACAGUAUAGCCCGGCCGAAUUACGGCGCCGUGAACGGUUCCAUCAGGAUCGGUCUACAAGAUUGCUCGAACGAAUUAGCGUCCAUGGUGGUGACAGAGGCGAAUCUGCCGAGGAGCGAAACCAUUGGCGCCAUUUGCCAUCGGUCCUACGAUACGCAGGAGCAACGGAGCGCUAUCGAGAAGGAGGCGAAGAGCAACGACGGUGACGCCGGUUUCUGCAGAAAAUGUGGCCACUGUAUGGCGAAGGAUGGCAAUUAGUCGACGCUACGUUAACUCCGACAGAUCGCGAUCGAUCGCGUUCCCUCGUCCGCACCACGGAUUCAAUGUUGUUCGGCAUUAAGCGUGACGAUUCGCAGCACCCGCGAUGAAUUGUUGCUACCAGCUGAGAAUAAAUCUGAAGUUACUCUCGCAA